CGGGGUCCUUCUUCGGUCUGUCCUCUUCGUGGACAUGGCGGCCUCUAUGGCUCCGCGAUGUAGUGCUCUGUUGUGGGCAGGCGCUGCUUGGCUGCGUCAAAGAGGCAUCGGGGAAUUACUCCAGCCACGAAUUGAAAGAAGCACCCCGGGCCGUGACUUCAGUCUCUCUCAUUAUCAGAGCACGGUCAUCGUGGAGCGCUGGUGGAAGGUGCCACUCGCCGGGGAGGGCCGUAAGCCGCGCCUGCACCGGCGUCACCGCGUGUAUAAGUUGGUGGAGGACACGAAACACCGGCCCAAAGACCACCUUGAGCUCAUCCUCACGCAGUCUGUGGACGAAAUUGGAGUGCGGGGUGAUCUGGUCUCAGUGAAGAAAUCUGUGGGUCGUAACAAGCUCCUUCCUCAGGGACUGGCUGUGUAUGCAUCCCCUGAAAAUAGGAAGCUGUUUGAAGAGGAGAAAUCGCUGAGACAAGAAGGAAAACUGGAGAAGAUACAGACAAAAGCAGGAGAGGCGACAGUGAAGUUUCUGAGAAGCUGUCGCCUAGAAGUGGGCAUGAAGAACAAUGUCAAAUGGGAACUGAACCCUGAAAUAGUCGCCCGCCAUUUCUUCAAGAAUCUUGGUGUUGUGGUUGCCCCACAUGCUCUGAGGCUGCCAGAGGACCCUAUCACUCGGUGGGGCGAGUACUGGUGUGAUGUGACGGUAAAUGGACUCGACACUGUGAGAGUUCCCAUGUCUGUAGUGCUCUUUCGGAAGCCCAAGACCAAAAGAUACAAGCACUGGUUAGCCCAGCAAGCUGCCAAGAUCACCAGCCCCGAGGCAGUCUGAAUGUCUCCGUCUCCAAGGCCACAAAGCAGUCAGGGGAGCUUUGGAGCAGCGUGGGCCAGCGCUUGGAGCUGUCCCAUCUCUGCACACACGUGGAUCACAGAGAACAUGUGGACUCAGCACACUGAGCUGCACACUCGUGUUGGGUUCUCUGUGUCUGUCAUCGCCUCCUUCAGUGGUCAUCGGAGCGGGCUGUGCUGCCGCACCCUGCAGACGGUAGAUUUAAUGAGCUAAACAUCAGUGACGAAACAGUCUUCCUGCUGCUGAGAGUGCGUGGACAGGGGCAGGGCCCAGCCACUGCUCUGACAAUUGCUUUAUUCUCAGCCAGCAAGUGUCUUGUGCAGAGUUAAAGAGCUGCUUAAAGACUUGAGUCGACUAUGGGCAGCAUGUCCAUAGUCUUGAGCCGUGGAGGUCUGGUACAAAGGAGAACAGUGUAGCUGUUCUCUGUGUCCCACAGUUGCCAUGAGCAGACCACUCUGAAUAUAGCCAAUUAGUGCUCUUAGCACUUUCUCUCUCUCCAUGUGAGUGAUACAGGGGAUUCCAGUAAGAUCUGUUUAAGGCCUAAGGAGGAUUGACAGAGAAAGUGAAGCUGGGAUUAAAGAAGCUUAAAAGAAAAA